GCGGCGAUGGCGGCGGAGAGGCUUCUGGAUGCUGUGGAGCGCUGGCGAGUCCGCGAUGUCAGCUCCGCUUGGGUCGACACAGUCUGGGAACUAGAUUUCACCGAGACGGAGCCUUUGGAUUCUAGGCAAGAGAGCGUGAUAACAGAGGAUGGUGUGGACUCCUUCUCCCAGCUUUACGAGGCUCUCUCCCCAUUUGCUACGGAUGACCAGGGGACCGCUGAAAGUGCCUGGGCCCUGUUUGCAGAGAACAACGUCUCCCACAAUGCCAUUGUUGCUGUGCUGUAUCACUUCGUCCAAGAGGGUCAGAAGAAAAAGGCUGACGUUGCGCAGCGGUUGUACGCACUUCAUUCUGCUGGGUUAUAUUUCUUACUGGUUGAAAUUCCAGGCAGCGUCGCUAAUCAGCUCUUCCAUCCGGUGAUGUUUGAAAAGUGCCUCCAGACUUUCCAGAAGUGCUGGCCCCAGGGCAUGGACUUGCCCAGGAAAAGGAAAAAGGGCCAAACACAAAAUAGCCAGACCAGUACGAACAAGAGGGGAAGGGUGGCAAGGAAGAGAAAUUCCCAGAUGGACGAUAUCUUUGAAGAGGAAGAAGAGCAAGAAGAGGAACUCUUUUUCUCUGCAUCUGACCUCCUUCAAAUCCGGGAGGCCCUCUUCCUGCUGCUGAAAAACUUCUUGAGGCUUUUGUCCAAGUUCUCCUUGAAAGAGAAACCGCAGUGUGUUCAGACGUGCAUCCAGAUCUUUGUUGAUUUCUCCAGCUUUGAACCUUGCUCAAGCAGCACCGAGGCUUCAGAGAACAUGACUCUCGAUCGAGCCAAAUACAUCCCAGAGCUUGCCAGUCUUGGUUUACGACUCAUGUGUUCUCCACUUCAUGGCCUGGAAGAUAAGGCUCUGCACUGGGUGUUCCACCAACUUUUGUAUGUCAUCCUCAUGUUGACAAGGAGAGAAGGAUCCGGCAGUGCCCCUGCUGCCAUUCCAGCUCAGGCCGUUAGUGCCAGGAACCAAGCAAUCAAGUUUAUCAGCUCUCUCACCGAGGAGCUAACAGAAGUUGCUUUUCCUGUACUGCGAAUCUUACUGCAGCACAUUUGCGUCAAGGUCCCCGAUAAGUCCGAAUAUCGUGCACACGCAGCACUGGCUUUGUCACAGUUGUUGCAUCAACUCCCUUGUGCACAGCAUGCUGACUUCAUAGCGUGGCUAUACAGAUAUUCAUGCAAUAACAAGAUUUCUUACAGAGUGUUUGCCCUCGAUGUCGCCUUGGCUCUACUGGAAUUUCCAGAGCGGGAACCUGGUGAUACUUUGUCUGAGGAGCAGCAGGCAUUUCUGAAGCACAAGUUCCUGGUGCAGGUCAUGGUGUUCGGUCGGUGCUCGGAUAAAGCAUCGACCGUUCGCAGCAAAGCGCUUUCGAGCUUUGCACAGUGUCUGGAGAGGAACACCACAUCGAAUGUUGAGAGCAUCGUGGAGCUGUUGCAAAGCACUUCUGGUUCUACAGCACUGACCACGCACGGGCCCAUGGGGGCUUCCCUGUCCAACACAGAAGGUCCCUCCCGUCGUCAGAAGACUUUCCCAACAUUCAAAACCAUCGAAGUGAGCAAUGAGCGUGAUAACGCCGACGUUGAUGGGAAGGAGGUCAUGGCUAUGCUGAGACAAAGGGCUGAGGACGAGAAGACCAACGUUAGGAAGUCUGCCCUCCAGGUGCUCAUGAACAUCUUGAAACAUGAUGUGAUUCCAUGUACCCCAGAAGACUUGGCCACGCUCCAGGAUCGGUGUCGGGAUCCUGCUGUCUCUGUGAGGAAGCAAGCCCUGCAAUCCAUUACGGACCUCUUAAUGUCUCACCCCGACGAUGUUCUGAUUCAGAAGGCCUGGCUGACGGGCGUCAUUCCCGUCAUCAUGGACUGCGAGAGCUCCGUACAAGAGAAAGCCUUGGCCUGCCUCGAUCAACUCCUGCUGCAGCCCAUAAAACACAGCAGACAUCCAAUGAGCGGGCAGACACUGGCCUGGGAUCUCCUGACGCUGCUCACGAAGGAGAGUCAAGAACUGAGCCGCUACUUAAGCAAAGCUUUCCAUGUAUGGUCCAAGCAAGGCCGAUUCUCCUCCACGUUUGUUAACGCGGUCAUCUCUCACGUGUGCACGGAGCGUGCUUCGCCUGCCUGGAUGCUGCUCGCAAAGGUGGCUGGCUCCACACCCAAGCUGGACUAUUCCAAAGUAAUUGAUACCUGGGAUGAGAUCAGCAGGCAACCUGCUGCUGACUUAGACACCACGGUGCACGUGCUGAGUGUGAUUGGGAGCAUUGCCAAGCACCUGUCCAGGAGCGUCCAGCACAGGCUGAUCGAUGAUAUCAAAUCUUGGCUGCAGGAUUUUCAGUGUCCCCUGGAAGUCAUCAGCCCAGCCGUCGAGACUCUGCAGAAACUUUGCCACGCCUCUUCGGAUGCCCUGGAGGAAGCACAGGAGCUGUUGGAUGAGAUCUGUGGGGGUCUCGUAUCUGCGUGCAAGAACUUCAUCUCGAGUGUAGUCCUAAAAGAGGGCGGGGCAGAGCAGCUACAAGAGGACAUCUUGGUGAGGCAUCUCUUCACCCUAGGUGAGGCUGCGCAGCUGUGCCCAGCUAAAGUGGAGAAGCGUAUCUUCUUGCUGAUCCAGUCCAUCUUGGCGAGUCCCAUGGCUCUGGACCAACCAUCCAGUCCUGGGGACAGCGAUGAUCUCUCUGCAACUCCGCCACUGUCCCAGUUCAGAGGUUCUGUGAUGCCACCUGUGGUCCGAGCACACGCCUUUAUCACACUAGGUAAGCUGUGCCUCCAGCAUGAGGAUCUGGCGAAGCAGUGCAUUGCAGCCCUGGCUCGGGAACUGGAGGUGUCCAAGGACAUGGCCAUCCGCAACAAUGUCGUCAUAGUCAUCUGCGACCUGUGCAUCCGCUACACCAUCAUGGUGGACAAGUACGUUCCCAACGUCUCCACGUGCCUGAAGGACCCCGAGCCUUUCAUCCGGAAGCAGACACUCAUCCUCUUGACCAACCUCCUCCAGGAAGAAUUUGUCAAGUGGAAAGGCUCUCUGUUCUUCAGAUUUGUCAGUGUUCUGGUGGACCCAGACUCAGAUAUUGCCAGCCUUGCAGAGUUCUGCUUGGUGCAUCUCCUGCUCAAGAAGAACCCGGUCAUGUUCUCCCAGCACUUCAUCGAAUGCAUCUUCCACUUCAACAGCUACGAGAGACAUGAGAAGUACAACCGGUUCUCCCAGAGCGAGCGAGAGAAGAAGUUAUUUUCCCUGAAGGGCCAGGAUAACAAAGGGAAGCGGAUGCAGAUCUACAAGUUCCUGCUGGAUCACUUUACGGACGAGCAAAGGUUCAACAUCACCUCCAAGAUCAGCCACAACGUUUUGGCAUGCUUUGUGGACGGAGUCCUCCCCCUUGACAUGGAAGCCAGCGAGUUGCUCUCAGAUACCUUUGAGAUCCUGAGCUGCAAGGAGAUCAAGCUGUCAGCCAUGAGAGCCAGACCAGAGGAAGACCUCCAGCCAGAGGAAGACGAGAUGGCCAUGGCCAAUGUCGUCAUGCAGGUGGCCCAGAAGAAACUCAUCUCACAAGUUCAAAAGAAGAACUUCAUCGAACACAUCAUGCCGAUCAUCACUUCACUGAAGACCUUGUUGGAGCAGAGCAGGCUCCCAGCACUGAGGGACCUCAUGAACUAUCUCCGGGAGGUGAUGCAGGACUAUCGGAAUGAAAUCAAAGAGCUCUUCGCCGUGGACAAGCAACUGGCAGCUGAGCUGGAAUAUGACAUGAAGAAGUACGAAGAACAGCUGCAGAGGGAGAUGGAGCAGAGCCAGGAGCUCAUAGUGCAGUCGGAAUCCCUCCCUGCUCUGGCGGCAGCACAGCGGUCUCCCAGCUCGGAGAGAGCAGCACUUCCUGGGAACCAGCCCGAUGCAACUUCUCCGACUGCCCGAAGAGACUCCUCACCAUUGAGAGCUGCUUUGCCUCCUUCGUCUGUUGGAUUCGUUACACCCCCAGCAAGAAACCUGAAGCCCCAAACCAGGAGAAUGUCCCUGAAUACCUUCGCCAUCCUCAACUCUGCUAAAAAGGCCAUGGAGGCCGCUGGCAAGCAGCGCAGCAGGAGUGUCGGAGGCAGGCUCAUCACUCCAGGGAGUCAGCAGAGCAGUAAGCAAGCGACCUCCAUCAGUCUCAGCCAGCCGUCUUCCGAAGCUACUGUUCUCCCCGGCAGAGCCAUCAGCACCCCAGACAAGUCCAUUAACAACGUGACUUUCGGAGCUGGAGUCAGUUACAUUAGCUUGACAAACACGCCAUCCUCCGCUCAAGAGAAACGAACCCAGGAUCAGGAGAAAGAUGUUGUUUGUUUGGCAGCCCCCGAUAAGCCAUCAUCACAGCCGCAACAGUGGAAAGUGAACUCUCCAAGGAAAAAAAGCUGCACUCCCCGGAUAGGGCUGCGGAAGCGCAGCUCCAAGACUCCCCUGAAGCCAGCCAAUUGACAUUGCCCAUCCGCAGGAGGCAAAAUCUUGUAUAGAAGCAAAGUUACGGUGCUUAUAAGACACGUCCCUUUUCCCCCACCGACUCAAAAUCUAUUUGCAAAUAAUUGCUUUGAUCCAUGUAAAUACUUCUCUAGUUUUGAUACUGCGUUCUUGCUUUGUUUUUAACCAGCAUGGUUCUGUUUUGGAAUUUGUUAAGAUGCAGUGCGCCAGACGGUACUACGUCUGGCCAUGACACACACAUUCUACCUUGCCGUAGACCAAGGCUGCUUCCAGGGCUAAUGACUCAACCCGUUCAUGGAGGCAACUCAGGGCAGUGGGGCAGGUCUGGGAGUCUUGCCUGCCGUUGACCAAAGAUCACACUUGGAAUCUUCCUAGUUCAAAGCACGAGCUAACUUUAUUUUCAUCCUUGGCAUACGCUCGUGUUCGGUCAGGUAUCUUGAGAAAGCUUUCCGUGGGAUUAGAGGCCUGAGCCAGGCUGUACGGUGUACAGAGCCUUAAAAAUGGUUCUCAGGAAGUGCAUAAGGGCAGCAGGGAAAGGUUACUCUUGCAAGUCAUUGGGGGCUGUGUGAGCUGUGGGCAGAUUCCAGAGCUCUAAGUGGAGAUCCACACACCAGAGGAUCUGCCUAGGAUCUGGUGGUUCUAAGGUAUCUUCGGCAGCGACCAACCCUCGUGCUGCCUGAAAAUCUGAUCCCUCAAGUUAGGAGAAAUUCUGGACUGAGCCUCUCCCCAAAAUUAAAGAGUAAAGCAGUGCGGGAAGAAGGUUUCUUAAUAGCCAGGGUGUAUAUGGAAGGCAAUUGGCAUGGGCAUGGAGCCGUUAGGAUUGGGGCCUGUAUUUCUUCUCCAAAAAGUCACGUGGAUCUUCUUGUUCAACAUGUACUCUGUCAAAGACUUAGGCCAAAAUCUGAAAUUAUUGGCUGGGCAAGAGAACCCAAAUCAAAGAACAUAGACACAAACCCUUGUGCGUGUUUCUAUAGACAGAACUUCCUGGUGUUGGAUCAUUUUUCUUAAUUCCAGCUGUUACAGUUUUAUGCACAGUAAUAAAGAACAGA